GUAUUAGUAUUUCUAUAAAUUUCGUGUCGUCUCUUAUCUUCCAAAAACAGUCAAGAGUAAACAAGACGAUUGAGUUCAGAAAGAAGCAGGCAAUAAUAAUGGGAGAGGUGCCGCAAAUAGUUGAGAUGAAGAAGGACGUUAGCAAUACCAUUGGAAAGUCUGAAAACGAAGCAAGGCUUGCCAUUUUGGAACUAGCCCACAUGAUGAGUGUUCCUAUGUCCCUCAUUGCUGUGCUUAACCUUAAGGUCCCCGAGGCCAUAAUGCAAGAUGGUUCCAACACUCCCCUAUCCGCCGCCCAAAUUCUCGCUCGCAUUCGUCCCCACGGCGGCGCCGACGCCGAGAACCUCCAGCGCCUCCUCCGCUUGCUGACUAGCUAUGACAUCUUUGAUGAGCACUUAAGCUGCAGUGGCCAAAGGAAAUACUCACUCACUCACAUCGGAAAAUCUCUCGCCGACGAUGACCAAGGUCUAUCCUAUGCAUAUUAUAUGCUCCAGCACCAUGAGGAUGCAUUGAUGCGAGCUUGGCCAUUGGUGGGAGAAGCAGUGGAAGAUCCAAGUGUGGAACCAUUUGUGAAGGCGAACGGAGUGUCAGCGAUAGAAUACCACACGAAGAAGCCAGAUGAUAAUGUUAUGCCCUCAAUUUAUAAGUCCUUCGCUGGAAUGUGUGUACCCUUCAUGAUGGAAAUGCUUCAAGUCUACGAUGGCUUUAAAGGAGUGGAAACACUAGUUGAUGUUGGUGGCAAUUCUGGUAUCACCCUUCGUAUGAUCAUGGACAAUUACCCUAAUGUACGCAAGGGCAUCAACUUUGACCUACCUGACAUGGUGGCUCGUGCACCUAACAUCCCAGGUGUAACACAUGUUGCUGGGGACGCGUUUGAAUUUGUUCCCCGUGGGGAUGCUACCUUCAUCAAGAGCUCAAAGAUCCAUGACUUCCGCAACACCAACUUUCGUGCCCUAAACUUUCUCUAAUCCCAUUUUGUCAUGUGUUAGUGAGGAUAAUUUCCUCACUUGGUGUCAUCAAGUUGAAGCAACCAUCAGGGGGUUUCAGGGGG